AGAGUCUCGCAGGAACAAACCAUACGACAGACUCAGACAGCACUAGCGAGACUCCAGUAGUUGACAGAUACCAGAGAGAACCAAGUGUACAGGUAGGAUGGAGUACGGCCAGCAGGGGCAGCACGGCCACGGCACCACCGACCGCGUCGAUCAGUACGGCACUGGAGGCGGCGCCGGCGCCGGUACUGGCGGUAUGGGACUCGGAGGAGAACGCGCCAGCAUGGGCGGGCAGCAGUUCCAGCCCGCGAGGGAGGAGCACAAGACCGGCGGCAUCCUGCACCGCUCCGGCAGCUCCAGCUCCAGCUCGUCUGAGGAUGACGGCAUGGGCGGGAGGAGGAAGAAGGGCCUGAAGGAUAAGAUCAAGGAGAAGAUGCCCGGCGGCCACAAGAACGAGCAGCAGGGGCAGACCGGCAUGACCGGCGGCGCCUAUGGCCAUCAGGGAAACACCGGCAUGACCAGCACUGGCGGCGCCUACGGCACCGAGGACACCGGCGGGAAGAAGGGCAUCAUGGACAAGAUCAAGGAGAAGAUCCCCGGCCAGCACUGAGCGCAGCUUACGCGAGGGAGUUCGUGGUUUUUGUCACGACGUUGCUGGAAAUGGAAUAAUAAGAUGAGCUGAAGAAUAAAGUGUACUUGUUCACUUGUGUACUGUGUAGUCGCUGUUGUGAUCCGAGUCUCUGAUGUACAACUGGAAGUACGUUGGACGAGGAUUAAAUAUAGAUAUGGUCAGUUGGUCA